AUGUUCUUAGCUCUGGAUCGGGAGAAGGGACCGGAUCAUACAAACUUGAGAGGUGGUCUUCGGUUGGAAUUGAUCGAGGUGAAUGUGAGUUGGGGUUGGCUACAGGAGCUGCAGGCUGACGGAAUUGAGGGUAUGUGGCUUGAGGACAGACGGUCAGGAAGAAACGGGAAGAGCAUGAUUGCCAAUCAUCUUAAUCGAGCUGUUGCCAACUUUGGAAGAAAGCCUCUGAAGGUUUUUGUCCAAGUGAAUACCAGCGGAGAGGAGUCAAAAUAUGGUGUAGAACCCUCUGGAUGUGUGGAGCUAGCAAAGCAUGUCAAAUUUGGCUGUCCUAAUCUCAUCUUCUCUGGCCUUAUGACAAUAGGAAUGCUCGACUAUUCCUCAACUCCAGAAAAUUUCAACACAUUGCGUAGGUGUAGGAAUGAGGUCUGCGAAGCUCUUGGUAUCCCGGAGGAGCAGUGUGAGCUUUCUAUGGGCAUGUCUGCAGACUUCGAGCAAGCCAUUGAAAUGGGAAGUACUAAUGUUAGAAUAGGAUCAACCAUCUUUGGACCAAGGGAGUACCCCAAGAAAGAUAAAGACAGUGAGCCAAAAACCUGAAGUUCAUGAACUAUAGGAUUGCAUUUUUCAUGGGACAAUAAGAAAAUAUAACAGGGUAAGUUGCUUUUGUUAUACAUUAUUCCAGCCUAUAUGAUCAGAGCAUGUUAUUCUGAUAGGUACUUAUGAUUAUAUUUUUUAUGCAUGGAGAAUGAUUUCAUGAAUAUUAUUGUAGAUGCAGGUCCACAAUGUUUAGUCUCGAUCAUCAUUGAAUAAGCUCAUAAGCUCAUGAAUUCAGUAGAGCAGUUGAAAUUCUGUAAAAAGAUUUAUAUUUUUUAUAUAGAAUAUUUUAAUAAUAAUAGGAUCUAAUCUUAUAUUAA